GUGUAUGCAGCAAAGAGAGGGGUUUCUGGAAACUAGUGCAGCAGUAGUUACACUUGUUAAACUGUUUUAACCAGUGCAGUUUAAUCAUGGCCAAAAGUGACAGCAGCGCGUAUUUCAGGAGAUCGAGUCUGUUCUGGAUAGUAACUGUGACUCUUUCUCUGGGAUUUUACACGUGGACCGUGUUUUGGCCGCAGGAUGUCCCAUACGGCAGUCUCGGUCCUCUCGGAGCUCUGGCCAAACAUUUAGUUGAUGAUCAUUAUUCUGUCAUGUACUAUGGAUGGUGGCUGACUUGGGUCAUUCAUGUGUUUGAGGCUCUUUAUGCGCUAAAGGUUUGCAGUGAUAAAGGCAUCGACGGCACGUCAACACGUUUGAUGUGGUUCGGUCAGACCUUCUUGUUUGGGUUCGCAUCUCUGAGUCUUCUGAUCAAGUACAAGCCUGACGCUCGAUCCAAACAGCAGUGACAGAACCUCAUAUUCCAGAAGAACAUUUGCUGAUAGAUCUCCAUGAAGAAUGACGACCGAGAACACAGCAGCUGUACAGUAGAGGUUAAAUAUGAUUAAUAACCGCCUCAACUUACCACAUCCAUCUGUGGCCUUGUGAGUCUCCACGAGUCUAAAUGAGUUUUCUGCGGCCACGCUAAUCCGGUUUGACUCUACAUUUGUACCGGAACGGACUUUUCCUCCACCGAAAACGAAGACUUUUGAAAACGCUCUCAUAACAGCACUUCCAUGAUCAUUCAUGUUGCCUGUUUUAUGUUUCUGUCUCAAGACACAAUGUGAAACGAAUCAAAACGAGCUCUCCAGAUGAGAACAAUGGCCAUUUAUUUAGUUUUAUUUGGAGUAAAAGUUUUUGGCGUAACUCAAAGUAAAGAUAUCACUAAUCUCGCACCAUCGCCUCAUGUCAUCUAUACACUCGGAUGAGGCACCUUAAAUAACCAAACGGUCAUCUGGAUUCUUUGAAGUAGAGCUAUAUGUUUUUGGACCGUCUCUACAAAUGUUAUACUUUACCCGCUACGAUUAUACGCCGAUGCAGCGAAAACGCUUUAGACCGGAAACUGAAAACAGGGGAACAUUGAUGUUGGGAAAGGUUUCAGACUUUAGAUUAGUGUUGACGUGGACCAUGUAGCACAUUGUCUUUGAUUCUGAACUCAAACACUAAAAAUCUACAAUAUUUACAUUUCAGUCAUUAUAUUUCAUUUCCAGAUUGUUUUAUUUUAUAUUAUUAAAAUGUAAACAUGUGAUGAUGAAGGGUUUGAAACAUUGAUUCUUUUAAAACCAAUAAAGCUGUGAGUGAUUUGAA